AAGUUAUUGAGUCGAUGAACGCGUUUUUACCCCUUGAUAUCCUUGCGGGCCGUCAAUUCCCAUUUUUAACAACUAUUCUCCUCUCCUCCCAUCGUCCAAUCCUCUCCCCAUCCUGCCUCCGUUGGUAGGAUCGCCAGAGAGCGGAUGGAAGGAGAGCAGAAGCAGACGCGGUCCUUCUCGUCGGAGGAGCUCCAAGCUCACAACAAGCCCACCGACCUGUGGAUCUCCAUCCAUGGGAAGAUCUACGACGCCACCGCUUGGGCCCCCGUCCACCCCGGCGGCGAUCUCCCCCUCCUCACCCUCGCCGGUCAGGAUAUCACCGACGCCUUCAUCGCCUACCACCCCGGCUCCACCUUGGCCCUCCUCGCCAACAACCCCUACCUCCGCUUCGUCGGCCACCUCUCUGAUUACCGCGUCUCCGACGUCUCCAAGGACUACCGUCGCCUCGUCGCCGAGUUCUCCCGCCUCGGCCUCUUCGACAAGAAGGGCCACGGCACCGCCAUCUCGCUCUCCGCGAUUGCGGUCGUGUUCGCUGCGGUGAUCUACUGCAUCCUCCGAUCCCAGAGCGUGUGGGCCCACCUCGGCUGCGCGGCCGUGAUGGGCUUCCUGUGGAUGCAAUCGGGGUUUCUAGGGCAUGAUUCGGGGCACUACGAGGUGACGGGGAGCAAGCGCACGAACAGGGCGAUCCAAGUGUUGUCCGGAAACUGCCUAACGGGGCUCAGCAUCGGGUGGUGGAACCGCAACCACAACGUGCACCACGUGGCCUGCAACAGCCUCGACAUCGACCCAGACUUGCAGCACAUACCGGUCUUCGCCGUCUCCGUCGAGAUCUUCCGCAGCCUCACCUCCUUCUACUACGAGCGGGAAAUGACUUUCGAUGCGGUGGCGCGGGCGCUCGUCAGCUACCAGCAUUGGACCUUCUACCCGGUCAUGUGCGUCGCCCGCAUCAACCUUUUCGCCCAAACUCUGCUGCUGCUCUUUUCCAAUAAGCGCGUGCCGGGGCGAUUCCUAGAGAUUCUGGGUGUGGCGGUGUUCUGGAUCUGGUUCCCUUUGCUGGUGUCGUGCCUUCCGAGCUGGUGGGAGCGCGGUCUGUUUGUGCUGGUGAGCUUCGCGGUGGCGGGGAUUCAGCACGUACAGUUCUGCCUCAACCACUGGUCCACCGACACCUAUCUCGGGCCACCGCAGGCCAACGACUGGUUCCAGACGCAGACAAUGGGAACGCUGGACAUCUCCUGCCCCCCAUGGAUGGACUGGUUCCACGGCGGCCUGCAGUUCCAGGUGGAGCACCACCUGUUCCCGAGGCUUCCUCGCGGGCAACUCCGGCGGAUGGUGCCAAUCGUUCGCGAGCUCUGCCUCAAGCACGGCCUGCCCUACAACAGCUUCUCCUUCUGGGAGGCCAACGUGCGCACCAUCGCCACGCUGAAGGCUGCGGCUAUGCUGGCCCGCGAUAAGGCCCAACCUUUGCCCAAGAACUUGGUGUGGGAGGCUCUCAACACCCAUGGGUAAGAUCCAAUUCAUGUUUGUGGAUGGAAGUUGAACAUGUUUCUGAAUUCUUUGCAUUUAUUUCCUGCUAUUUUCAGUGUCUGAGGCUGUCAAUUUCAAUUUUGCAAUAUUUAAAUUCAAUAAAUUAAAACCAAAUAAAUUAGUUUCCUUGUUUAACCAUCAGUAUUUAUUUUAAAAUCAUUAGUAGGACAUCUACAUAAUACAGAGCUUAUCUAUUAUCAUCAAAUAUACUUGUACACUAUACACUCAGUUAAUAUCAUAUGCUUACAUCUCCAUCCAUUGCACUAAAUGGAUUAUCCUCUCUUGAACUACCUCACUGUAGCAUCAAUUAGGUAUUUGCUUGUAAGGAGGCUUGUCCAUAGCAGGAGAAGGAUCAUACGUUCCAUAGUCAUUGGUUCUAACCAUCAGGAAUCUAGCAUAAGCUCCAGCCAAAACGGGAGCUUUAUAGUACAUCAAUUUUCGGUUUCCUGCAAGUCAAACAUUCAGUAAAGUUUUUAUAUGUUACUAGUUCAUGAACUUUCGAUCACUAACCUGGAAGUGAUUCUGAAGGCGAUGUAGCUAAGGCAAGAAGGAAGAGAAUGAGAAUUCUCUUAACAACUUCCAACUCCAUCUUGAGUUAUGAUUUUCUGAGUUACCAGACAGUGGCAGGGAGAGUAUAUAUAAAGGGAAGAUAGUGAGCAUUGUAUUUUUUGCAUAGAAAAUAUUGAUUGGCCACAGUGGUGAAUCUGGAUAGCUGAUAUGAUCUAUAAAGUACAUAAA